GUCGUUAUUUAGGUUCUUUUAAUGAGGAAAAAACACGGACGCCUCGUGACAGCGGGGCUUUAUUCAACUUUGACUGUCAGGUGUCGUCAACGGAAAGAUGUCGGAGCCGAGUAAACACGAUAUCGUGACUAUUUUUAAGAGACUACGUUCGAUCCCCACGAAUAAGGCUUGUUUUGACUGCUCAGCUAAGAACCCCAGCUGGGCCAGCAUCACAUAUGGAGUGUUUCUCUGUAUAGAUUGCUCAGGGACACACAGGUCCUUGGGGGUGCACCUCUCCUUCAUCAGGUCCACUGAGCUGGAUUCUAAUUGGUCCUGGUUCCAGUUGAGAAGUAUGCAAGUGGGAGGCAAUGCCAAUGCGAUUGCAUUUUUCAACCAGCAUGGCAAUACUGCCAAUGCUGCCAACGCCAAGUACAACAGCCGAACUGCCCAGCUGUACAGGGAGAAGCUAAAGACUUUAGCUACACAAGCUACCAGAUGCCAUGGCACUCAGUUAUGGUUGGACAGCCAGGUCCCUCUCUCCCAAACAUCAUCAGACAACAAGCAGGAGGAUUUCUUUAGCCUGCAUUCACAGGCUGUUCCUGAGAAUUUGAACAUGGACCAGAUGACGUUGGGCCCCUCCCAAUCAGAGAAGCCUUCUGCCCAGGAAACAGAGGAAGACAAAAAUGGUAAUCCUGAGGAGGGUCCGAGUGUAGAUAUGCUCAGUGUUUCUCCAAAAGCAAAUCCAGAGCUCUCCUCUCUUCUUAAGAAGAAGCCAGCUGGUGCCAAGAAGACGCUUGGCUCUAAAAAGGGUGGUCUCGGGGCUCAGAAGGUGAGCAGCCAGAGUUUCUCAGAGCUGGAGAAGAGAGCCCAGGCUGUGGACAAGCUCCGGGAGAAGGACAACACAUCCGCCAAAAAGCCAGUCCUGUCUGAUGAACCCGUUGCGUCUUCUCUCCGUCUGGCCUAUAAGGAUCUUGAGGAACAGAGGAAAAGAGAGGAGCAGAAGAUGAAAGGCUUGGAGGGGAAGAAGAAGGAGCAAGCUGAGAGGCUGGGCAUGGGCCUGGGCAUCAGGAGCGGAGUGUCUCACUCUGUGACGUCAGACAUGCACAUCAUCCAGCAGGAAAACCCAGCCGGGGCCAGGACUACCAAAGCACGGCAGUACGCUGAGGAAGAGGAUGAUGAAGGCUCUUUCAGUUCAAGGAUGUCAUCCAGGUUCGAGGAUCAAAUGGAAACCCCAGAUAGCUUCUCCUACAAGUGGAGCGACGGAGGAGAAGGAGGAGGCUGGAGGAAGGAGAGCAAGAAACCGGAGCCUGACUACUUCAUGACCCCCUCCGUGUCCUCAUUCGAUGACAGACCCACGGCCCGGCGGAAACCAGAACCAGCCUCCGUCUCGGACAGCGGAGAAGCACGGAGGAAAUUUGGAGACGUCAAGGCCAUCUCCUCCGACAUGUAUUUUGGCAAACAUGACAACUCUGAGUUUUGACUGUGGAUAUUUUAAUAUGACAUUAUGGAGCUGGUUUUUGGACAUUUAUCUCUGCAUGGUGAGCCACCAGUGGUCGUUCAUCUAGGGAGUUGCAGUCACUACUCACUACAGCAGGGGCUGAGCGUGGGUCUCAGCACAAAGGGGACGGAGUUGACCACCAGCUGACCCGGGUCCGGUGCUGUCAGAGGCAGGUGGAUCUCCAGGAGGGGUAACGCUGCCAUCGCUGCUACUGGAAGCACUAAUGUUACUGUCCUCUGAUGCUGGCGGCUCUCCGGGCUGUAACUACAACGUCGGUGUUGUGUUUGGGCAGGGUUGUUGCUGGUCCUCUGGUCUUUGAUCAGUGACAGUGCUGCUAAUGCUAACGUUACUGCUAUUGCUAGCCUCGUCGUCAGUCGUCAGAUCCACCCGAUCUUCACGGUUGUCCUGAGAGGUCGCGGCUGACUGAGAUGAAAAAUAAUUUGUAAGAGGACGACACGAUGCAAUUAGCUUCUUCUUACUUUCUUGCUUCUUGCGUUUGAAUGAGCCUGAUUCAUGUUUUUUCUUCUCCAUUUUGAAGUUCCCUCAAAUUCAUUCAUAAAACUGUCCAGUUCUGUCAAGUGUAAAAAUGCUUACUCACUCCCUCUUCUGGCAGUGUGACGCAGUUAUACCUCACAACCAAUCACAGCUGGAUCACAGCUCCGAUGCAUUCAUGAAUAGUCGUAAAAAAGGCUAUAGCCUUUAUAGGGGCCGGGCCGUUAAUAUCUAUGUAUAGGGGCCCCGUACUGCACUGUAUUUUUUAUCAUUAGCCGACUUUACGAGUGUGUCACUGAAUGUGUCGGAGUCCCGAGACCCGGUGCGUUCAUGGACGCUCGUAAACUCGACAACAGAGCUCCAAACGGGGGCCCCCGACCUUGUGGGCCCUGGGGCGACCGCCCCCAUGCCCCCGCUCUGGCUCCGCCACAGCUACAGCGUGUUUAAAUUCAUCAUCGUUACAUAAACUCACUAAAUUUGACCCAGGCUUUGUAACACCAUUUCAUUCCCUGUCCCAAGUCUCGCUUGUUUUAAUGUAAUUUAGCGAGUUUGUAACUGAAGAUACUGUGAGUUUUGUUGAAAAGAGGCUGACUGUUUGGGUUGUGACGACAGAUUCUUGGCUGUCUCUGGACAGAA